AUCUUCGGCACCCUCUACCCCGCGUACUCCUCCUACAAGGCCGUGAAAACGAAAAACGUGAAGGAAUAUGUGAAGUGGAUGAUGUACUGGAUUGUGUUUGCCUUUUUUACCACUGCAGAGACACUCACAGACAUUGUUCUUUCUUGGUUUCCCUUUUAUUUCGAGCUGAAAAUCGCAUUUGUGAUUUGGCUGCUCUCCCCUUACACCAAGGGCUCCAGUGUCCUCUACAGGAAGUUUGUGCACCCAACGCUCUCCAAUAAGGAGAAGGAAAUUGAUGAAUACAUUACUCAGGCUCGUGACAAGAGCUAUGAAACCAUGAUGCGAGUUGGCAAGAGGGGGUUAAACCUUGCUGCUAAUGCAGCAGUUACUGCAGCUGCAAAGGGCCAGGGAGUUUUGUCUGAGAAGCUGCGAAGUUUCAGCAUGCAGGAUCUCACUCUGAUCCGGGAUGAAGAUACUGUGCAUAUGCGAAGCCGUGAGCCACAGCUGCACGCCUCUGGUGGGAGUCUUCUUGAAACCAUUGAGGAUUCAGCUUCCUGUUACUCCUCAGGAGAGGAGAGCAGUGUGGCACAGAGGUCUAAUGGCACCCCAUCUGAGACUAGAACAGACCCAUCUGAUGAAGAUGCAGGAGACAAACUUCCUAAACGUACCCAGAGUCUCAAAACUCCUAAGAAGAUGAUGAAAGCUGAGCUUCCGGUAAGAAGCGUGAAAGCCCGUCCUAAGAAGAAAGCUGCAGGCUCUCUUGCUUCUGGCGAGUCAUCCUAAGGAGACUUCCACCUCCCCAGUACCUCUCUCUGUCCUGGGACUUGCCUGUCACUUUUGAGGGGAAACUCCCCAAAGGAAGGGAGCUGAGAUCCAUGUACAUAACAGAUACUGCUUUGUAGAGCUCAUUCCAAGGCAAGGGGGAGGCUGGGAUUCAAAAAAUGGAGUAGAGGAUACAUAUCCUUGGGAAUUUUCUCCUUUUCAUCUCUCUGUUGGAGGGAAUGCUGAUAUGUCUGUACAUAGCCUGUUGCUUUGGAAUUCCCACUGUAUAACCCUAGUUGGGGAGAAUCUUUGCUGGAAGAACUGACUAGGGUUAGAGACAUCCAUAGCACAGAAGCUG